ACACCAGGGGCGGGGCGGGGCCGACACGUCCGCCGGGCGAGCGGCGGGGCCGGGCCGGGCGCUGCGGCGCCAUGAAGGAGUGCGAGUACCGGCAGAUCCCGCCCGGGGUAGCGGCACCGGGUACACUCACCUCCCCGCCUCCCGCGGCCGCCGGCCCGGAGCGGCCCGGAGCGGCCCGGCGGCCCCGGCGGAAGUGGGAGGUGUUCCCGGGCCGUAACCGCUUCUACUGCGGCGGGCGGCUGAUGCUGGCGCGGCACAGCGGGGUGUUCGCGCUCACCCUCGGCCUCAUCCUGCUCACCAGCGGCCUCUUCUUCGCCUUCGACUGCCCCUUCCUUGCCAGUCACCUCACCUUGGCCAUCCCCAUCAUCGCCGCCGUCCUCUUCUUCUUCGUCAUCAGCUGCCUGCUCCAGACCAGCUUCAGAGACCCGGGAAUCCUGCCCAGGGCCACCCCCAGCGAGGCCGCGGACCUGGAAAAGCGGAUCGACAGCAUGGGCACCUCCACCUACCGCCCGCCGGCGCGCACCAUGGAGGUGGUCAUCAACAAGUACGUGGUGAAGCUCAAGUACUGCUACACCUGCAAAAUGUUCCGCCCCCCGCGCACCUCUCACUGCAGCGUCUGCGACAACUGCGUCGAGAGGUUCGACCACCACUGCCCCUGGGUGGGCAACUGUGUGGGGAAGCGCAACUAUCGCUACUUCUACGCCUUCAUCCUCUCCCUCUCCUUCCUCACCGCCUUCAUCUUCGCCUGCGUCGUCACCCACCUCACUCUGCGCUCUCAGAGAGACGGAUUCCUCACCACGCUGAAGACGACGCCCGCGAGUGUGCUGGAACUGGUGAUCUGUUUUUUCUCAGUCUGGUCUAUUUUGGGCCUCUCAGGUUUUCACACUUAUUUAGUCGCCUCCAACCUGACAACAAAUGAAGAUAUCAAAGGGUCCUGGUCAAAUAAGAGGGGCUCAGAGUUUGCCAAUCCCUACAGCCAUAAAAGCGUCCUCACAAACUGCUGUGCGGUGCUGUGCGGACCCUUCCACCCCAGCUUGAUAGACAGGAGAGGGUUUAUCCAGCCAGACGUCGGGACCCCGUCCAGUCCGAAGAGCGAAAUCCCAUCCUUCGGAGCCAAACCCGACACCAGCAUGGUAGGCAGCAUUCCCUAGCCCCGUGCUGCCGCGCCUGCGCCUCGCUCAGCGGUACCGGUACCGGUACCGUUCCCUCCGACCACCUCCCAGCCUCGGGACAGCCCUGUCAUGCAGAGCUGCCAAAGACCCAGUCGAGCCAUGCGUUGCCUUUGUUUUUGUUCCUAUUUUUUUAUAAUUAAUUUAUUAUUUUUUGUUUAUUUGUUCCACUGUGAUGUGACCGGUCUGGGAUUUGAACUGACAGAGCGUGGCAGCAUGCAAGACCCUCACAUGUGCAGAAAAUGGGGGGUUCCUUCUGCACCGGGGAAGAAAAUAGGUCUGAGGAGCCCCCAGAGUAUCCGCUCCAGGGGUCACUGUGAUUCCUGCCCAGAACAGACCGGCAAAUGGUUCCUUCUCUGAGCUGGGCUGUCGCCCCUCGUCCUCAGGGCUAGUGGAGGUGUAAGCUGUUCCCUGGUGUCCCCGGUAUCUGUGAACACCUCCCGCUCCUCUGUGCCAACGCGGGGGCUCCGUUCUGUCUCUCCUGGCCGGGCUCUCACCUCGGAGCAGCUUUUCUUCUCCAGAAGCUGCUGUGCCUCUGCAAGUCAGGGCUGUUCGGCUGGGGGGACUCUGGCUCCCAGCAUAGAUGUCUCAGCUCCUGUUUUUUUGGCUGGUCACUGGGGGGGUGCUAAAGAACUCGUGGUGUUUUGGCCCUGCCGGUCAGCAAGAGAACAUUUUGCAGCAAGGACAUGAGUUAGGGUGACCCUCCUGUUAACGGGGAAGAAGAAACACAGUGUUCUGCGGCACUCGUCACAAGAUGCUGCUUGGCACGGGUACAGCUGUAAGGUUUGGGCAGCUCAGCUUGCCAGCAAAACCCGGUUCUGUCCUGGCUGUAGGACACCGAAGGGCACCAGAACAGCGGGUGCAAUCCUGCGGCUCGCACCCUUCCCGGGUGGAGCUUUGCGGAGGAGGCGGAGAGCGGGUGCUGGUUGCCGAUAACCUCCCGUUGCGCUCUGGUUGGGGUUUGGCCGGCAGCCGAGCGCAGGGCUGUCCCUGAGCAUCGCUCGGGGCCUGCAGGGCCGGGACAACCCUGUGCACCGACACCGCAGCGCGGAGACCAGUCACAGCCCUAUCAGCAAUACUUGAAUCGCGUUAUUAAAAGCUGCUGGAUAUUUUUGCACAAUUUGUAGAAUGUUUUUCCCCUACGUAGAACAUUUUAUACUCGGUGCAGGUAGCGUUGUGCAUGUUGGCACCAGGCUUGCGGCGGUUUGUGUUGAGCUGCCUGGUUAGGUUUCUGUGGGUCAGACACAUAUCUUAACCUCAGGCAGAGGCAGCACACGUACGGGGGGCUGCCUGUCCCCACCAAAGUCCCCAGCGUUGUGUCACUGCGGGUGACUGUACCAGCCCACACGCAGCUCCAGAGACCUCGCUGCUUGUUUGCUUGGUUUUCCCCCCCCGGGAAGAGCCCAGAUGAGAACACAGCAGCGGAGGCCGCUGAAUUUCCACCGGACCCUGCCAGCCCUGCAGCUUCGUGCCAUCUCAUGGGCUUUAGCAUCUGGAGCGGCCACCAUGCCCUUCCAUCCCCCUUCUCCCGCAGGGAUGUCCCCAGGGGGCUUGUCCGGUCCUCCAGGAGCCCCGAGGGGAGAGGGUCUGGUGCUGGGGAGUGAGGAGCAGCAUGGGGGGUGUUAUCAGGGGCCAAACUCCGUCCUGUUUUUAUUUAAACCAGUUUCCUUUUGUUACUCAACAUAAUAAAAUUAUAUUUUUAAAGAGUUAA